AUGAAUAGCACAAGCCCUCCACCAGAACCGGAAUUUACUCCCCCAGUCUACUGUUCUGCCACUGCCACCGGCCCACAAACAGGUUCAUUUUCCCCUACUUCUAGUGACAAGACGGGAACCUAUGGAACGUCUGAAGGAUGGGGAGCCACAACCAAGCCUCCGGCCCCAAUAACUACUAAUUUCUCGAAUUCCCCAGUAACGACAGUUAUAACCACAAGCAAAAAUGCUCCCACCCAAUACACGACUGUCAACCAGAUACCGUACCCAAGUCUUGACGGGGAUAAAAGCACCAUAAAUUGGCAACCAUUACCGGGACCUCCAACGGGGUUCAUACCCACUGCUAUACCAAUCGAGACUGUCACGCCACCAGCCCCAGGACAGAAUAACGGUGGCUCUCAAAAUGGUAACGGCGACGGAAACAGUGGCGGGAACAGUGGUGGGAAUGGGAGUGGCGGAACUAACAACCCGGGAAAUUCCCCAAAUAACGGCGGAAAUGGAACUCCACCAAAUACUGGAACUCCUCCUACGAACAAUGGCGAAACAGGAAAUCCACCGGAUACAGGUGCUCCUCCUGCAAACAAUGGUGGAACGAGCAACCCACCAAAUCCACCAGCAAAUAACAAUGGGAAUAGCCCGCCUGAAAAUAACCCCAAGCCUCCAACGACGACCAUAAUUGGUGACGUGCCCAUCGUGAUAACACCGACGAAAGUUAUCAUUGGUACUCAAGACGUGGCAGUACCAACUGCUGGUACUACUCCUGGAGGAAGUGGCAGCAAUGGGAGCGGAUCGAAUGGUUCUGGUGCCGACGCAGGUUCUAAUGCAGACUCUGGUGCCAGUUCAGGCUCAGGCUCUGGUUCCGGCUCUGGUUCUGGGUCCAAUGGUGGCUCGGGUGGUGCUGGGACUGGGACUGGAACUGGAACUGGAUCGGGAACUGGAUCUAACAACGUCAAUCCAGGAAGUGGAAGCGGAAGUGGUAGCGGAAGUGGCCCAGGCAAUGGUGGAAAUGGAGUCAGCACUGACAGCCAAGGAAACAAUGUUGUUGUCCAAAAUGGGAAAACCUACACAGUCAACCCGUCUCAAGUGAUAGCGCCGGGAGGAAUUACGCUCACGAUUCCUCCCCUUAAUCCAACAGCUGGUGCUCAAUUUAAAGAGUCGCCAACGACGACGACGACGAUUAUGGGCGUUCCUGUUCAGUUAGGAAGUUCAAAUGCCGUUAUUUUUGGGAAGACGUACUCCAUAGGAGCAGGAGCACCUCAAACUACAAUCACAGUGAACGGGCAAAUAAUUUCAGUCGGACCGGCAGGACUUGGAUUUGCUCAGACAACGGUUGCACCAGCGUCGGCCCUUUCUACUAACGUUGUAAUCAUUGACGCGCAAGUUUUUUCUGCCAUUGGACCUUCGGUUGCCGUCAUCGGUGGCUCAACCAUUACCUACGGGGGCUCUCUACCUACCAAGACCCAGACUUUCAAUGGUGAUACCAUCACUCUUGCGCCCGGAGGCAUAUACUUCGACAACUCCAAGGUUCUGGGCGGUAGCGCAAAUCCUAGUAAUACGCAAUUAGGUCUCGCCGGUGGGCUUUCGGUUACAGAAAUUGGCGCCACAAUUGCUGUCAUUUCUGGCAUUACUCUAACAGUUGGUCCACAAGCUACACCUGUCGUCACCGUCAUAAAUGGCCAUACUAUCACUGCUGGCCCUGCCGGGUUGGGCUUGAAAGGUACCACACUGUCGUAUCCAUUUAAUCCUACAACGAAAGUGAUUACAGCGGGUGGAAUCACUUACUCUGAGAUUGGACAUAGCUUGGUAGUCGUGGGCGGGUCUACCUUUAAUGUUGGACCUGGAGCGAAAACAACCACCGACGUGUUCAACGGACAAACCAUUUCGCUUGGACCUGGAGGCGUUGGAUUUGCAACUACUACUGUUCCAGCCGAGACUUCGACGCCUACUUCCGAUUCAUCAGCAAGACCUACAAGCACAAAGAACGCAGCAGGGGGAGUUUUAGAGCCUUUGAGAAGUGGAAUAUUUGGUCUAUGCAUCUCAUUAGGAUUUUUGAUGAUUUGA